AUGACCGCCUAUAAGACACCGUUGGGAACAACACCAUUCCACCUCCUUUAUGGCAAAUCCUGUCAUUUACCAUUCGAACUGGAGCAUAAAGCAGCUUGGGCCACUAAACUUCUGAAUUUUGAUAUAAAGCCUGCUGCUGAAAGGAGACUCAUCCAGCUUAACGAGCUUGAUGAAAUCAGACAUUUAGCCUAUGAAAAUUUGAAACUAUAUAAAGAAAGGACUAAAGCGUACCACGAUAAGAAGAUCUUAUCCCGACAUUUUGAACCGGAUGAUCAAGUCCUUCUUUAUAAUUCUCGGCUAACGCUAUUUCCUGGAAAGCUUAAAUCUCGUUGGUCCGGACCAUUCACAGUAACAGACGUAAAAUCCUCCGGAGCCAUAACUCUACAAAGUGAUAAAUGGGAUGAAUUCACAGUGAACGGCCAACGAGUGAAACAUUAUUGGGCAAAACCGCCAGCAAAUCAGCCCAUUAUUCUAAAACCCCCUGAUAACUAG